CCGAGCCUAGCUAUGGCGUUGCACAGGUAUAGGCCCGGAUACUGGUACCAUAAGUCCCGGUGGAAACCCAUGUCUGGGGAAGGGCCCUGGAUUACAGUAAUGCUCAAUUACGACAGUGGUGAUGAAGUGAGACUAAAAAUCAACGUGGAGGGUGCUAAGGAGGUGGAGAUGCGGACUAACCCAAAGCUGCAGGACGCGAUCAAGGAGGCAAAGGAUCGUGCGGAGAGGCGCUUCAGGAGGGACAGAGUGACGGCAAAAAUGCAGAUAACGGUCUCGUAUCAUGAGACCGAGACCUCGAUGGACACAGCAGACCUGGAACAAGCCCAUCAGGACCGGGACUCAGGUGGGGAGAGCAAGAUGAGCGAGGUAGGGGAUCGAGAGACGGACCUUUAGUCCUGGAACAGACCAGGCGAGGUCUGUCCAUAAUGAGAAAGGACAGCCCCGGGGUUCUGCUCAGAUAAAGACCAUAAGGAAAG